AUGCCCGAUGAAGAAGAAAUGCCAUGUUUUGAACCAAGUGUGCCUUUUGAUUAUGAGGAAGUUACUACUGGUUUAGGGUUCAAAUGGGACAGUUCCUCGAGUACCUCAUCUGAAGGAAUAGACACUUCAACGUUGGCGAAUCAAAGUGCUCCAGUCAUUGAGGACUAUGAUUCAUCUGAUGAUGAAUUAGAUCAACAACCUAUUGCUGCUAAAGGUAAACAACCAGCUCAACGAGCUCAAAGGCCUAACGUUUCUAAAUCAAAAUUUGAAACAAAAGGAGCUCGUUACCAGAAGAAAAACAGUGAUGUCAAAUUUGUAGCAUCGAAGGGUACUGAUAAAAUCGAGACUUUUGAUAAAAGAACCGUUAAAGAACAAGAAACAAAGCAACGACGUCAAAACGUCAAAGCAGUUGAAAAGGCUUUAAAAUCAGAAGUCAAAUCUGUUAAUAGGGAACCAAGUUCUUCACAAUCACUAAAACCAGAAGUUUCAAAAUCCUUUCAAAAGAAUCAAACAGAUGAAACUCCGAAUUUUCGUGUAUGGAAUCUGGCAACCAAAAAGAUUGAGUUAUGGAGUGAAGUAAGGGUUCAAAGGUAUACUAGUCCUGUUAGAGCUCCAGGUGAUCCUUGGAUGUUCGAUUAUGAUGGGCUUUUGGACUCCUUUAGUCUGCCAACCUUUGACGAAGCAUCUGCAGCUGCUCGAAUGUUACUUGAAAGCGACAACGCGGCUGAUUCGCCAUUGGUGAGACUAAUUGUUCUUGACCCUCAAGCUUCUACUUCGGUUAAUAACAAUACGGUUCAAAAUGAGGAAUUUGAAGAUGCUACUGAUUUCAAUGAGUCGUCGGAAGAUGAUGAAUAUCAUGAUGCAAAUGAAGGCACUUCAGCUCCGGUUGCUCCUGUUCAAGGUGCUUUUGAAGCAACCCCUCAUGAGCAGAAUGUAGACACUACUGAAGGGAAUGCAUCCACUUCUACGCCUAUACCUGGUUUGGAUUUGGUUGUCGACCUUAAUCUUAACAAUUUGGGUAUCAACACUCGUGUUCCUGAUGUUCCUGAGUCGAGAAUUCACGAUACUCAUCCGCAUCAGAAUAUUAUUGGAGAUGUCCAUCGCGGUGUGCAGACGCGUAUGCAACUGAGAAAUAACUAG